UUUGAGAUGAGAUGCGUAAUAAAUUAAUUGCACACACGAGCGUUUUAAGGACAAAAACCUGACAAAUGUCUUGAAAUAAAACAUCUGAAUGAUGUCUUCAAAUGUGGUAACUGCUAGGUUUGCAUUAGGUGAGGAAUAAUUGACCCUGGUCCGUUGAAUUAUUCGCAAUAAAAAAGCACACCGAGGUGUAACUCCGCUUCGCGUCGUGGCCGCAUCACCACCUCGGAGUGUGUAUUAUUAUUAUUAUUAUUAUUAUUAUUAUUAUUAUUAUUAUUAUUAUGCGUAAUGCAAACCUAGCCGUGGAUUAUGUAGAUUAGAUAGUCCAUCCUUUAUUCUGGGGAUGUAAAAAUAGUUUAAAAAAAAAAAAAAACCGUACUUGUCUGUGGAUAUGUUAAAAAUCUCCCCCCAAAAACCUUAACAUUUUCAGAUCUGUAAUCUUUAAUUAGAUUAAAAGUAAUACAUUGACUGAACGGAACAGUCGAUCUCAUGGUGCAUUUAAAAGAUGCUGUGGCCGGCGAUCACCUCCACCCUCUCACACCACCACACCAUCCUCUUGUCCGAGCUCUGAUGACGUAGCCCCGGGGAAGUACACAGCAGAGCGCGCGAGACCGCGGGAUGGGGCCGAUGGAAAAUGGCGUGUCUGUGUAAACGUCAACAGUGUACCAUCAAAGGACAUGCUUUUCGUCAGGAACUUGAAUCGUGGAGACAUAAGCUUAUUCGAUGUGUAGACCUACCAAGCAUCUCAGAUCCCCUUAUCCCUCCAGUCGCACAGGAGAUUAUGCAACAAAUGAUUCGAAAGCUUGCCACGGAAUAUACCUCAAAAACCAGUUCAGCUCAGGAUAUACCCCUUUCCCAAUCAGUACUUAACAGCACCAAGUACCAAAGUCUGCCAAAAGCACCCUUGCUAGACCCAGCUGCCUCAUCACAGAACCCUGUCCUCUGCAAACUUUUCAUGGCUGACCAGGAUUCUCCACUGGACCUCACUGUUAAGAAGACUGGUGUUGAGUCCAGUAACCAAGAUGGAGUCCUGGAUCUCUCGACCAAGAAAAAACAAAGCAGAAUCUCUCUCGAUCCCACUCAUGACUUCUCUGUCAUACCUGUAGUGAAAAGGCAACCCGUGAUAACAGAUCAAAAGUACCAAGAAAUUGAUGAAAAGGAUGGAUUGCCACUACAAGGUUUGCAAGAUGGCAUUUGGGGGGACCAUACAUGCUCUGCCCCUAUUAAGCCUCUACUUGCCAAAUCACUUCUUAUAAAGGAGGAACUCCUGAGUCAGAAGCGUCGCUUUCUUGGACAACCCUCACCUCUAUCUUUGGCCAGCUUAGAGAUGGUAGGUUUUCUCAAUUCCAGUCAAACACACCCUCUCCUGUCUCCUGAUGGCUUCUGGGAGAAACCACAACUAGAUGGUGUACUGGAGUAUAAAUCGGUCAGCAGCCAUAUUAGUGAUCUAAAGAACCUUCCGCUUGUCUUAGAAAAUCAUGGAACCUUCACCAAAGGUACCAGUGCCUGCCAUAGCAAGUCCCAUGAUAUCUUUGCCAUUACAGCAAAGAAAGAUGCAAGAAACUCCCCUCCAGUUGACUUGAAGAUUCCACAAGUAAAGGGUAUGGAUCUCUCCUGGAACUCCAAUGGCAACAUUUCUGAUAUAUAUAAUUACAGCUCCAUUUCUAUGGGCAGUGUGCAGAGAGAGAAUUCUCUCAGCAGGAGGCUUAGGGCAAUUUUGCCCAAAGAGAGUAGUAGAGCUGGCUUGGGAAACCUCUUUGAUGGCAGUGGGGUGAGUGAAUAUUUAGGCACUGAUGCUGACCAAUCAACAUCUGGACCUCAGUAUCCAACGUCAGAUCCAGAAGCAGAUCCAACAGUCUCCAAGCAGCCACGCAAAAAAAGGGGCCGGUAUCGCCAGUAUAACAGUGAGAUCCUGGAAGAGGCUAUUGGUGUGGUGAUGAGUGGGAAAAUGAGUGUUUCAAAGGCACAGAACAUUUAUGGUAUUCCUCAUAGUACCCUGGAGUACAAGGUGAAAGAGAGGAUGGGAACACUGAAGAACCCACCAAAAAAGAAGAUUAAAAUGAUUAUGAGGAUAGAUAGAAAAGACUCGGCAAUUACUGCAGCACCAACUGCCACAUCCAGCACAGUGCAAGAGGAUGUAUUGUAGGUGGUGAGAAAAACAAAAAAAAUUAGUAAAUACACCAUGUUGGAACAAAAUGAAAUAUUAUUGGCAAAAGAACACGGC